CCACAGUUUUUUCUUAGCAUUGUCCUUUGUAAAAGAGAAGCACAAUGGGAGCUUAUUUGACUGAAUGCAUGCUUCAACGCUAUUUACAGUAUCCUAGAAACAUGGUUUCUUAUCGUGUAAAAAUUGAUUACUCUGGCUCAUUAAGUGUCGCCGAAAGCUUACAUAUUUCGGUCUUUCAAUUUUCUCGUCGGAGAAAGUGAAUAUUCCUAUUGCGACACCAUGACGGGAAUUCGCUUGUGUUCUUUCAAACCCCUCGUUGCUUGCUUUGGAAUCGCCAUCUUGGUAGUAAUAGCAAGAAGAAAUAUCCUUUGGAAGAAUUCACCUUCCACGAAAGAAUGGAGUACAUUUUAUCAAGAGAUUGCACUACAAUUAACCCAUUCGCAAAUCCACACGAGCUCCUGUAAUCCUGAACGUGUACCAGAGAGCCUUAAAAGACUAUACCGAAUGUACGAUGACGUCAAAACGUUCGUCAUGUUCAUUGGAUACCCCCAUACCAUAGAAAGUCUUACAGGAGCAAUAUUGGACGCACAUCCCGAAAUUCUUAUUCCUCAAGAAUACGAUGUUAUUGGGAACUGGAAAAUGUUCCAGCACAAAAGCCUGCAAGACUCUGGCCAGCAAAAGCAUAUGUUGUUUUUCGAUAUGCAUUAUCUUUCUACUUUUCAAGCAGUCUUCAGAAACAAAGCCAAUAAACCGAGCCAAUUCUGGUUAUGGACUUCUAAAGGCAAUGGUAUACACUAUAACUUUGUUCCUGAUGCAUGGCAGGGAACAAUCAGUGGAAAAUUAAAAGUUUUCGGAGAUGGAAGCGGAUGGGAAACAUCUAAGAAACUGAUGGAAAAACCAGGAACCUUUAAAGUACUUGAAGACAUCCAGAAUGUAGUUGGUGUUCCAGUCAAGUUUAUUCACGUUAUUUCAAAUCCAUACGAUGUCAUUGCUUCCAGUGUAAUUAGUCACCCGUUUGACCCCCAGAAAAAGAUAAACGACACCGGAGCAGUUCGCAAUGCCGUACAAAACUUCUUUACCGUUGCGGAGACCAACGAACGAAUAAGAAAGUUAUACGGCAAUGCAGUCUUGGACAUCUCUAGCGACCAACUUAUUUUUAACUCAAGGGAAACGCUAAGGAAGAUCUGCAUAUUUCUAGACGUCACGUGUUAUGAUAGCUACCUUAAUAAAGUUGAAAGGCUAUUGAAUGGUCAUUCCACAAGAAGUCGAAAUCUUGUUGCAUGGAGGAAAGAAGACAGAGAUUUGAUUACUACCGAGGGGGCAAAGUACUCUUUCCUUCAAUCUUUUACCUUUGACGAUGUUUCCAGCUUUACUCACUGAAUUAAACUAGUAGUUUAAAACUUUUGUCGAAUAGAUACAUUAUAUCUAUGCGUUUUGACCAAAUCGCACAGGAAUGCCAACGAAAAGUAUCAACAAUGGGAAAGAUUGUGAAAAAGCCAAUUUAUGCAUCAAUAUCAGAUCGAGUUUAUAUCCAUUUCAUUGUAUAUUGUUACUUAAGCGUAUCUAUUGUAUUGAAUACAACCUGCCUUGUAAAAGCUCGUUCCUGACUUAAAUGUCUGUAGAAUUACUGAUUGCUAGUAUUGAUCCUUGUUCACUUAAAAUAAUGAAAGGAGUCUUCUUAUUAGAGUACAGCUGACACCAUAACCGUAGACCUGUUUAAGAGCGACAAUAAACCAUUUCACUUCUUUUCAUGGGUCACUACCAGUCCGUUACCCUGUCACGUCGAUUUAUAUGGUUCUGCCAAUGAAAUGACAGUUUUCAGAUGCACAGUGAAUUGUCAUAGACUCAAUCAAUCCGACUGAAAAAUUAAAUUUUUUUGCGCUUCGCUGUUUCAUUUCGAUUUACUAACUUCUUUUUGUCGUAGUCACUUUUGGAAUUUAACACUGAGGGUUAAAUUAUUGCCACAACGGCUUUGCACAUUCGUAAUUGUUAUUAAUGUUAUUAUUAUUAAAAAUGUUACUCUUAACAUUCUUAACAUUUAAAUCUUUAGGAAAAUGAUAAGUUAGAUUUUAAGUUUGGAGCUUUUUGCGGUUUUAUCGAGGGUUUAGGGUUAGGGUUAGUUGGUGACCACGGUAGCAGGGUCAAUUUCAACUUGGUGGCAGGGAACAUUAGCACAUUUGUGAUGAAAACAAGGCAACUAGGACCUUCCCACACCUGGGAUACCCUCAGUAUCAUCCUCUAUAGAAUCCGUUGUCACUAUUACUCCACUGCGCAUUGAGAUAACAUUGAUCUUCAGUCAAAUUAAGAGGCUAUUAAGAACAAAAGGAUUUUAUACUAAAGAAAAUAACGCUUAGCGUCCGUCCCAAAAUUGGACGUUAUUACAAAAAAGUAAAUAAGCAAGAGCGCAACUUGUGAACCACGUAAGGUAAUGUGGCCGUGUUUUGAAAGAACGUAAAUCAUCAUUAUGACCGCAGCAUUAAUUAGUGUAUAUUUUCGAAUAUUUCGUGUCCAAGUAAUCCUCGGCCAUGGAACAGUAGACUGCAUGGAAAAUUCACUGGUUUGCGAUAUCCGUGCAUGAUGUUAUCAGUAAGUUUCAUCAAAAUUGAACGAUUGCAGGAAAGAGUAUUUCUUCAUUUCAUUGUAAACUCUUUGCUUUUGUUCCUCAGUCCACACCACUGUUGUUCUUGUUAUCGAUGGUUUGCCAAAAAGGAUGUUUUCUGCUUGAUGAAGGUAAUCCUCAUUACAUUUGACUCGUAAAAAUAAACAUAUUGUCUCCAUUGUUUCUCUCGGUUUUAAUAUCAGUUCAUGGCUUAAAAUGUCCAACACUGCUUGAUCGCCAUAAAGCUGUUUUAUUCUUUCGUUGGUCUCGAUAAGCUCAAAGAAGGACUUUAUGGCAUUGUCUAAUGCUGCGGGUUUGUCUAUCUGAAAAUUGAUAAGAACACAAGUAAAAAUUAUUCGUUAGUGGAAAACGGUAUAAAUUUUUGGACUACAAGUAUUUAAAAAAAUACCACUCGUGGACCACUAUAUU